CACGAAGAUUAAAGCUAGUGAAAAUGACGGUAAAAGGGCUCCUCUUAAUUCUGUGUGUUCUUUUACCAUUUCACUAUGUCCAAGGAAACGUUGACCAAAAAUGGAUGGAAGGAAUUGAAAACCGCUUGCAUGAAUUAGAAGAGUCCAACAAGAAACUAAAGAAUGAAAACUCCGACCUCAAAGAAGAAAUUAAAGGCAUUAACGGACUGCUAAAAAUAUUCAGCGGGAAAAUGUUGCUUUAAAAUUGACUUUAAAUGGCCUAAAAAGAAAAAUUGAUACGAAUGUGUUGAAUGAUGAAAAUCAGCCAAGUUUUCCUAACGAAGUUCAAAGCACAACGAACGGUAAAAUAAAUGAGACCAAUCGGAAUGGGAUAAUGAAAAAUGAUAGUGACAUAAGUGAUACAGACUUGAUGAAAAGAAGGAAAAAUGUUAUGCCCAGAAUCAUUCCUCCGACAUUAGUUUCUGCUUCACAACCUGUCGCUUUCUAUGCCUACAUGAAUUCCUUUUCCCAGCCUAGUAUCCCCGCCCACAUGACUCUUACGUUCGACACAGUGAUAAUAAACGACGGAAAUGGAUAUAGUAAACAUGAUGGAGUCUUUAUUGUGCCCGUGAAUGGAAUUUAUGCAUUUCAUUGGUCAUUGAAAAUAAAACAACAUUCAUGGGCAAGUGUCGAAAUAAUUGUAAAUGGACGUUCGAUUGGAUGCGCAUCGACCGACUCAGCUGGAAGCUUGGGCACUGGGAGUGAGUUGAUCGUCACCCACGCUAAUGCAGGUGAUCAUGUAUUCCUGCGCACACAGGAAGCUGUAGCUGGAUAUAUUUACAGUAAUAACAGAGCGCGUUCAUCAUUUUCUGGAUGGCUUAUGCAUUAAUAAUUUACUCGUUAU